AUGUCGCUGAGCGCCGCGCCGUUGUCGGCCCCCGACGCCGUUGUGGCUGUCGCCCCGUCCGCCGGGCUCGGUCGCCCGACGACUCCCGUUCCGGGCCCCGAGCGCAGCGGCAUCGUCGUCUUCUCCGGUGGCAGCGCUGCAAACAGCCUGGUCGACGUCUUUGAGCGCGUUCGCGAAGCCAACCGCGCGACGCUCAGCUACGUCAUGCCCAUCUCGGACAAUGGCGGCAGCACCAGCGAGAUUAUUCGCGUCUUCGGCGGUCCCGGCAUUGGCGAUGUGCGGUCCCGCCUUGUGCGCCUCAUCCCGGACAACGGCCAUGCUGAAACGGCGGGCAUCAAGCACUUCUUCAACCACCGCCUCCCUCGCGCCCACGACGAAGCCCGGGCCGAGUGGUUCGACAUCCUCGAGGCUCGACAUCCGCUUUGGACUGACAUCUCAUCACCCAAGAGGGAGCUCAUCCGCGCCCACCUCAACAGCUUCAACCUCGAGGUCGUCAAGCGCAUGCGGCCCAGCAGCCGCUUCGACUUUUCCCGCUCCAGCAUCGGCAACCUCUUUCUCACCGGCGCAAGGCUCUUUACCGGCAGCUUUGAGGCCGCCAUCUACCUCUUGAGCUCCAUCUGCGCCGUCCCCGAGCGUGUAGCCGUCCUGCCGGCUCUCAACACCAACUUUGCCCACCACAUCGCCGCCGGCCUGCAGGACGGGUCCGUCAUCACCGGCCAAAACGACAUUUCCCAUCCUAGCGCCCCCACGGCAGCGGCUGUCCCCGGCGCUGGCACCGUCGCUGUCGGCGGCGGGGCCGAAACCUCGGGCCUCAACACUCCCGGUGUGGCCCCUGUCGGCCAUGGCACAGAGGACCACGACCGGAUCGAGGAUGCCAACCUGCCAGGCUCGCUGCCGGCGCUUCGACGGCCCGCCAUCGAGUUCUGCAAAGAGCAAGAGGAGGACCUGCCCACGCGCAUCGACAGGAUCUGGUACAUCAACCCGUACGGCCAGGAGAUCCGCAUCCCGGCAAACCCCCGCGUGCUCGACGCCAUACACGGCGCCGACACCGUCGUCUACAGCAUCGGCUCCCUCUUCACCUCCUUGAUCCCCAACCUCGUCCUCAAGGGCGUCGGUGAAGCCAUCGCUAGCCCGUCCAUCCGCAAUCGGGUCCUCAUUCUCAACGGCACCACGGAUCGCGAGACGGGCCCUAUGAGCGAUCCCUUUACAGCGCUCGACUUUGUCGCCUCGGUUGCAAAUGCCUGCGCCGACUCAAGGGGCCUCUCUCGGCCUGCCGAGGACCAGUUCUCAACAUACGUAACCCAUGUCCUUUACAUCGAAGGCCCUACCGCGCCCAAGGUAAACCGCCAGCGCUUUGCACAGCUCGGUAUCGACACGACGCGGCUCUACGGUCCGAAGGACGAGAUGUGCAAGGGAGGUCGGUAUGACGCGAAGGCUCUCGCACAGGCGCUCGAGUCCAUCGUCGGCCGCAAAGACGUGCGACACGACCGGAGUCGCCGCAACACCUUGGUUGGCUGA